AUGUCACAACGUCUCCUAUCCGACCGAACUGCCCUUCUCACUUGCAUACUUUACGACACUCUUGCCAAUAUUCCAGUCUACGAAUCAUAUCAAAAAUUGUGUAAAAUCAGAGGAAACUAUGAGAUUGAUUACGUGGAUUUCGAAUUUCAUUAUUAUCGAUUUUAUAAUGGAGAUGGGAAUUUGGAUUGUGAUCGGAGCUCUUUCCCCAAAUCGUUGUCAUUCUCCACACUUCCAGUUGACGCUCUUCUCCAGAUUCUCCAAAGAAUCGAUUUCAAUGAUAAAUUGAAAAUGCGAAAUGUGUCGAAAGAUUUGCGUGAUAUUAUCGAUAAGAAGAAGAUAAAAUGCAAAGAAAUGAGCGUACUUUUGAAGCCAGAUCGUGUUCAAAUUGCCCUGGAAAAUCAAUCGAUGAGUUACAUUUUUCAAGUGAAUGGCGGGGGAUUUAUUAAGAAAUAUGAAAUCAGUGUGGACAAUGAAUAUGAAGUCGUGGAGAGCAAGAAGAAAUUCCGUGAGGGAAAUUUUCUGGAAAUGGUGAUGACUGACAUCUCGGUUAUCCUGUCGAAUGAAAAUUUGGAAUUCAAAAAAUUAGUGAUUGUUCAAGACUAUGCGCAGGAUGCUGUCAACCGAUUCAUUCAAAUCCUUACCUCACUCGAUUUUCAAAUCCACGUCGAAAAAUGUAUUUUUCAUGGAUUGAGAGAUGACAAUACACUCCAAAUCCUAUCUUUUCUGAAUCCAGACGCCCUGAAAUGCCUUGUAUUUCGGAAUGUGGGCUAUAAAAGAACAUUUGUGUCGGAAUUGGUGAAAAUGGAGCAGUGGAAGAAGGUGGAGAUGUUAUAUUGGGAUUAUAUUAGAGACUGGUUUCCGAUUGGCCACUUGUUUCACUUCAAACGGUUUUGUAUUGAACAGAUGGAUUGGACAGAGGAACGACUCGUCGAGAUUAGAGAUAACCUCCUCAAACAACCGAAUUUCGAAGUGUGCAGUCUGAAAUGUCAGUCUACAACGGAUUAUCCUAUUCGUCACGCCUUUGUCCAGGGGGAUGACCCAUUUAACGUUGUAUACGGAAACGAAGAGAAUGAUGACGAGGGUGUCUUCCGUUUUGAUCUACAGACAAUCGAUCGGGUUAUGAGUCAAUGCAGCGAAUACGACACAGCCACCCAUCGUUAUCAUAUUCCCAAUUCCCAGGAGUAUUUUCAAUUCAAAUGUAUUUCGGAGGAAUGUGUCAAUAUUUGGAAGUCUAGUGCUGAUAUUAAAGAAAAUUGGAUGAUUUUUUGA